UCGUGAGAAACACUGCGAAUUUCUAAAAGUAAAACGAAAUUAGCAAAGAUUAUGUGGAGCGAAAGCUUUUUUGAGCUUUUGAAAAAUCAUGUCGCGGCUCAACAAUGGCAUGGAGCGCGAGUCGGAUCUCUUAUCUUGCGCUUUGUUAGACAUUGGGCUUGAUUUGAACCCUCAUGAAUCGAUAUCAAGUAAUGGAAAUGUAAGACCGACUGGAGACGAAAUAGAUUUUACCGGUGCUUCAUUGUCAUUAUCAUCGACAACUAACCCCAAUGAUCUCUUGGAUUGGUCAUAUUUACUCUCAAAUACCAACGGAAACAGUUUCACAACAAAUCAUGAUGACGAUUUGUCGAGCUUUUUAGAACCUUUCAAUCAGUCUACGAGGGCAAGUCACUUCACAAGUGGUACUGGAGUGCAUAAUGGGCCUUAUAUUUCUUCUAACUUGAGAGAGACAGUUUUGAGUAAAGAUGGUUAUACUCCUCUAACUGCCACGCUAAGAACUAAUGCUGCUGUAGACUGUUCAUUGAGAGAUCUGCUCUCGACAGAUAACGAUUUAGGAGGAAGUUUAGCGGUUAAACCGGCUGUGAGUGUCGUAGAUGUCAACAAAGAUAUUUCACGGAAAGUUGCUGUUCAAAAACUUUGGGCAAAUGAAGACAUGAAACUCAGUGAUGUAAAAGAGUCAACAGUUGAUGAUGAUGAGGAAGAAGAUGAUGAACUUGGCUAUUCAGACACAUAUGCACAAUAUUGGCCUAGUAAAUUGAAGAUUGGAAAAAGUCAUCCAGAUUCUGUUGUUGAAACAAGUUCGUUAUCAAGUGUUGCGCCUCCAGAUGUUUGGUAUAGGUUGGCAAUUCCUAAAGAGGUUAUUGACAAGCAUUUCUUGUCUGCAUUACAACUUGAAGCCAUUGUUUAUGCUUGUCAGCGUCAUGAAAUUAUACUUGGUGAUGGUUCAAGAGCAGGAUUUUUAAUAGGUGAUGGUGCAGGGGUUGGAAAGGGUCGAACAGUAGCUGGUAUAAUCAGUGAAAACUAUCUGUUGGGUAGAAAGAGAGCAUUAUGGUUGAGUGUAUCAAAUGAUCUUAAAUAUGAUGCUGUUCGAGAUCUCCGAGACAUCAAUUGCAAUGUUAAUGUUCGCACGUUGAACAAGUUUAAAUAUGAUGCCAAGCUGUCAUCAAGUGAAAAUGGAAGUUUUAAAAAAGGUGUUUUGUUUGCAACCUAUUCAUCUUUAAUUGGUGAGAGUCAAGGAUCAUCGAAAUAUCGUACACGAUUAAGUCAAAUUGUAAAAUGGUGUGGUUCUGAUUUUGAUGGUGUUAUUGUUCUUGAUGAGUGUCAUAAGGCAAAAAAUCUUGUACCAACUGGCUCAUCUAAACCUACAAAGACAGGAAAGAGUGUCCUGGAACUUCAAGAGAUGCUCCCUAAGGCACGUGUUGUCUAUUGCAGUGCUACAGGUGCGUCUGAGCCUAAAAACAUGGCGUAUAUGUCUCGACUUGGUAUCUGGGGAAAAGGAACGCCAUUCAAGGAAUUUGGGCAGUUUAUUCAAGCUGUUGAAAAACGUGGUGUUGGGGCGAUGGAAUUAGUUGCCAUGGAUAUGAAGCUCCGUGGCAUGUAUAUGGCUCGUCAGUUGAGUUUUGCCGGAGUAACGUUUGAUAUUAAAGAGGUUCCUUUAAGUGAGAAGUUUAUACAGAUGUAUAACGCUUCGGCAAUAUUGUGGGAACAAGCGAGAGAAAAAUUUGCCUUGGCGUUGACGCUUGCUCCUGAUCAGGCAAAGAUUGGCAAGAAAUUGUGGGCUCAGUUUUGGGCAGCGCAUCAGCGUUUUUUUAAAUAUUUGUGUAUUGCUUCUAAAGUUGAAGCCGUCGUUGCUAUUGCUCAAGAGGCAAUUAAAAAUGGAAAAUGUGUCGUCAUUGGUUUACAGUCCACUGGAGAAGCGCGGACUUUGGAGCAACUUGGUGAAAACGGUGAACUGAACGAGUUCGUCUCCACCGCAAAAGGUGUGUUUCAAGCUCUUAUUGAAAAAAGAUUUCCUGUUGCAAAUAAUAAAGGAAGAUUUGUUGAAGACGACUUUCCUAAAUUGUCUCAAGUGGGCAAGAAAAGAAAAUCUGUUCGUGACCUUCACAAAACAAGAGACAAAAAAAUUAAAAAGGAUGAAGUAUUUGGACGUACUUUCUUGAGCGAUAACGACGAUGAUAUCAGUUCAGUUGACGACGAUAAUGAUAACGCGUCUUUAAAUAACGAUUCCAAGUCAUGUGACAGUAAUGACGAUGAAAAUGGUGAUGACGUCAUUGAAAUUGAUUCCGAAUCGGAUUCCGACGAAGAUAAUUGGUUGAAAAAAAUUGAAAAACCCAAAAAGAAGAAAAAAAUGCGUAAUGGCGAACAUUCUUCACAGACUGCCAACAAUAUGGAAGUGUUACGAGCCGCUGGUCUUCAUGUCAAUUCACUCAACUGGAGUAAACCAUCACGUGAUUCUUCAUCCACAGCUGUCAAGGCGGCUCCUAUUGCGAAAAAUUCUGGUUCUUCAACAAGUUUUGAUGAUGUUUUUGCCAAACUGGAAGCAGCUGAAAAGAAGAACGAUAACAUGAACUUGAGUCUUGUUGAUUACAUUAAGACAACAAGUCUAACGUCAGAACAUUACAAAAAUAUCACUCCUGCAGAGCAAUGUCAGGUGAUGAAAACUGCUUUACAUAAACUGGACUAUAUAGCGAGCUAUCUGCCCAAUAAUACAUUGGAUAAGUUGAUGAAUGACUUGGGCGGUCCAGAUAAAGUUGCUGAGAUGACGGGACGUAAAGGACGUGUGGUGUCAGGGAAGGAUGGUUCUGUACAAUAUGAACUUAGAAAUGAAAGAGACGUUCGCUUGGAGAUGUUAAAUAUUGCUGAAAAAACGCGUUUUAUGAAUGGAGAGAAGAAUGUUGCCAUUAUUUCUGAAGCUGCAAGCUCUGGUAUCUCUUUACAAGCAGAUCGUCGUGCUAAGAACCAAAAACGUCGUGUACACAUAACUCUAGAGUUACCUUGGAGUGCAGAUAAAGCUAUACAACAAUUUGGUCGAACUCAUCGUUCCAAUCAAGUUAACGCACCAGAAUAUCUUUUUCUUAUAUCCAAGUUGUCUGGUGAGCAAAGGUUUGCAUCUAUCGUGGCAAAACGCUUGGAAAGCUUGGGUGCGCUUACACAUGGUGACCGACGGGCUACAGAAUCGCGGGAUCUCAGCAAAUAUAACUUUGAUAAUAAAUACGGUCGAACUGCCCUUGAGCUUGUACUUAAAUCAGUAGUUGGUCUUGAAUCACCGAUAGUCAAGCCUCCAUCUGAUUAUCAAGGGGAUUUUUUUCAAGAUGUUCGUGUUGGUUUAAUUGGUGUUGGUUUAGUUGGUGCGAACGGUAUUUUGGAUAAAGAUUCCUUUAAUAUUUCCAAAUUUUUAAAUCGCCUUCUUGGAUUGCAAGUAGCUCUUCAAAAUGGCUUGUUUCAAUACUUUACUAACACUUUGGAGGCCGUUAUUCAAAGAGCAAAACGAAACGGUCGUUAUGACGAGGGAAUUUUAGAUUUGGGCUCAAAUGGCGAAGCUGUACACCGGUUAAGCACUAGAACGUUCGAAAAUAUUGACGCUUCUGGAUCUACAGAGUUACAUACUGUAAGUGUGGAGCGUGGUUUGUCUUGGGAACAAGCUCAAGUCAAAUUGCAAGAAAACGAAAUGGCAGACGAAGGAUUUUAUUUGUCAAAGCAGGUACGAAACAACAAAAGGACUGCAAUUCUUGUAAAACAAGUGUAUAAUUUUGGAAAAAAACGAUUUUUUCGUGUUUAUCGACCAAACACUGGAAUGCAAUUAAAAAUGGAAACACUACCCGAAAUCCAGAAAAAACAUGAUAAGGUUGCAAUUUGGACGGCUGAACCUGCUUGGAUCGAGCAAUACGAAUCAUCAGAAACACAAUGCUCUCAUUCCUAUUGGAAAGGAAACUGUAAAAGAAAGGUUUUGGGUUUAUCGUGUGUUGUUGGACUUCGUACGCGUACCUAUCAUAUCCUGAGUGGCUCAGUUUUAAGAGUCUGGGACAUAGUGGAGGAUGUCUUGAGUACACAGGGAGGUAACAAUUCCCGGAUGCAAAUUAUUCGUGUUCGAACGAUGGACGGUUUACGUGUUGUUGGUUCAUCAAUUCCCACUAAUUGCGUAGAAGCUUUGAGCACUCGACUAUCUUCAUCGACUGCCAAUGAAUAAUGUACGACAAAAUGGGAUAUCAAUGAACAUCUGGGGUUUGAAGGAUAUAUUAUCGCGCUGAUGUAUUCACCAUCGUGUACAAGAAAGCUGAUUAUUUGUGACGUAUUUCAUACUAAUAGUUAAAUGUUGAAGUAUAAUUUCGCUUCCUUCCCCCGUUUGUGUUUAAAGUGGCUUCAUUCAUUUUCAAAUGCAAAGUUGUUAAGGUUUUUUUGUUUUGCUCUACGGAAAUUUAAUGCAUGAGUUAGAAAUUUUUUUUAAAGUAAUAGCCUUAAUUUGUCACAAAAUCAGCUUUCAAAAUAUGAUAAAGACAUUGUGGUUGUUUUUGAAGGACGACGAUUAAGAAUAUGAUGGUUUAAUAGUUCUUAAUGUCAACUCAAAAAUGCUCCGUUAUUUACAUUCACAAACUGGAAAAUAGCAGUACGACUUGCUGUUCAUUAUGUACAUACUUAUUUAAAUGUUCAAUUUCUAAGAUGGAUAAGGUAUUUACCAAA